UGCCAUACAGGAACACUUUAUUUUGUAGCUGUUAAUGGACUCUUGAAGUUUCUUUUGGCAGAUGGAGAUGGACACAUGGAUCACUUAUUGCCAGGCUGUGAAGAUAAAAACUGCCAGAAAAGCAUCAUUUACUUAGCAAGAUCUGGAACAAAGCAGUGGAUUCCAGUUCUCCAGGAGUUCAGCAACAAGGGCACACUCUGGGGCUUUGUGCCAUUUGUGCAUGAACAACGGCCAACUGAAAUACCACUUCCAAUUACUCUUCAUAUUGGAGACUACAACAUGGAUGGCUAUCCAGACGCUCUUGCCAUACUGAAGAAUACAUCUGGAAGCAAUCAGCAGGCCUUUUUACUGGAGAAUGUUCCUUGUAAUAAUGCAAGCUGUGAGGGGGCACAUCGUAUGUUUAGAGUCUACUGGGAGCUCAUGGACCUAAAUCAAAUCAGAGAUGCCAUGGUUGCCACCUUCUUUGACAUUUAUGAAGAUGGAAUCUUGGACAUUGUAGUACUAAGUAAAGGAUAUACAAAGAAUGAUUUUGCCAUCCAUACACUAAAAAAUAAUUUUGAAGCAGAUGCUUAUUUUGUUAAAGUCAUUGUUCUUAGUGGUCUCUGUUCUAAUGACUGUCCUCGUAAGAUAACACCCUUUGGAGUAAAUCAGCCUGGACCUUACAUCAUGUAUACAACUGUGGAUGCAAAUGGAUAUCUGAAAAAUGGUUCAGCUGGACAACUCAGCCAAUCAGCACAUUUAGCCCUCCAACUACCAUACAAUGUACUUGGUUUAGGUCGAAGUGCAAAUUUCCUUGAUCAUCUUUAUGUUGGCAUUCCCCGUCCAUCUGGAGAGAAGUCUAUACGAAAACAAGAGUGGACCUGCAAUCAUUCCAAAUUCCCAGCUAAUUGUCAUUCCAUAUCCUCACAAUGUUCCUCGAAGCUGGAGUGCCAAGCUGUAUCUUACACCAAGUAACAUUGUUCUACUUACUGCUAUAGCUCUCAUCGGUGUCUGUGUUUUCAUCUUGGCAAUAAUUGGCAUUUUACAUUGGCAGGAAAAGAAAGCAGAUGAUAGAGAAAAACGACAAGAAGCCCAUCGGUUUCAUUUUGAUGCUAUGUGACUUGCCUUUAAUAUUACAUAAUGGAACGGCUACUCACUUGAUUAACUGGAACACUAAAUUUGGCUGAUAGAAGAAAUUAAGGGACUUUGAAUAUUAUUUAUAAAUGAUGUAUCCUUUGGUAAUUAUUGAAAAGUAUUCAAAUAAAUAUGGUCUGAACAUGUCACAAGCUCUUUUUUUAAAGCACUUUGUAUACAAUAAUUUGGGUUAUUUAAAUGUGCUGUACAUUUUUGUUCCUUUGUGGAAUGUGUUGCAUGUACUCAGGUGUUUAUGUAUUUAUAAUCUUACUAGAAUAAUGAUGAUGGAAAAAGACAUGUAUAAAUUAAAAAAUGAGCAGAGAUUUUGUGUUCCACUUGAAUGGGUCUUGCUUCUUAUUCUAACAAUACGAAUUAUACCUUUGCGAAUGUAUCACAGAUAAAGUUUUUUCACCUUUGUCAUAGCAGGUGAUAGCACACAGGAUACAGCUAGGGUACUCUGGCUUUGGAAUUGCAGUCCAACAGACUUGCCUUAAAUUCCUGGUUCCACCACUUACAAGCUGUUUGAAUUUGGCUAAUUGUUAACCUCUGUGAGCCUUGUUUUCUUGUUUACAAAUGGGGCUAGUAAUACUACUCACUUGGGUUUAUAAACAUCAGAUGGGAUGAUGUAUGUGGAGUGCUUAGCUUGGUGCCUAGCACAAAAUUAGUUAACUGCUCAAUAAGUGGUAGUUGUCGUGAUUAUUAUUUUUAGGUUUUGUUUUUUUUUUUUUUACAGAUUUCUACAACUAAUUAUCAAAAUAUUUAGACUCAAUAGAAUGUUAUUUUCAGGCAUGAGAAAAUCAUAUUCUUUGGAAGACCUAAAUUCUUAGUAGUUGGCAUUACAUAACAAUUUAGUAUUUGCUCAUAUGAACUAAAAAUUAUAGUACCCUCCGAGAAUUAAUGUGCACUAAAAAUUUUCAUUUCAACACUGAUCCUUAUCAUGUGAUAAUGAGGAAUGUCUGAUUUCUUGAAAGGAACUGCUGUAGAUAGCAUCUAAGAAUGCAAAUAUUCAACCACAUUUUUAUUCUCAAAAGCAUAUUGGAAUCUCUAAUUUACAUUCAGACUUCAAUGCAAAUUUUUAUGAACUUCACUUCACCAAAAUAUUACUUUAAGACUUACACCUAAGACUGGGAAAAGUUUAUAUAUCAAUGCUAUUAAUUUUCUAAUAUGCAGUGGACAUGUGAUGGCUAUAAAACACAAAAACCCAUCUAAAAACAAGUAAUUUUGUUCUUCAUGUUAUUUUUUUCUUUACAGUUCAUUGACAAUGGCAUGUGUAUAAGUGGUUUACUUUGUGUAUCUAAGCAUGUUAAUGUGUCUCCUUAAUAAAUACUGUGUAUUGAAACAAA